GCCGAGAAGAUGGCGGACGGCGACAGCGGCAGCGAGCGCGGCGGCGGCGGCGGCGGGCCCGGCGGCUUCCAGCCCGCGUCCCGCGGCGGCGGCGGCGAGCAGGAGACGCAGGAGCUGGCCUCGAAGCGGCUGGACAUCCAGAACAAGCGCUUCUACCUGGACGUGAAGCAGAACGCCAAGGGCCGCUUCCUCAAGAUCGCCGAGGUGGGCGCGGGCGGCUCCAAGAGCCGCCUCACGCUGUCCAUGGCCGUGGCCGCCGAGUUCCGCGACUACCUGGGCGACUUCAUCGAGCACUACGCGCAGCUGGGCCCCAGCAGCCCCGAGCAGGUGGCGGCGGCGGCGGCGGCCGAGGAGGGCGGCGGGCCGCGGCGCGCGCUCAAGAGCGAGUUCCUGGUGCGCGAGAACCGCAAGUACUACCUGGACCUCAAGGAGAACCAGCGCGGCCGCUUCCUGCGCAUCCGCCAGACGGUCACGCGCGGCGGCCCCGCGCCCGGCGGCCUGCAGAGCGGCCAGACCAUCGCGCUGCCCGCGCAGGGCCUCAUCGAGUUCCGCGACGCGCUGGCCAAGCUCAUCGACGACUACGGCGGCGACGACGACGAGCUCGCGGGCGGCCCGGGCGGCGGCGCGGGGGGCCCCGGCGGCGGCCUGUACGGGGAGCUGCCGGAGGGCACCUCCAUCACGGUGGACUCGAAGCGCUUCUUCUUCGACGUGGGCUGCAACAAGUACGGGGUGUUCCUGCGCGUGAGCGAGGUGAAGCCGUCCUACCGCAACGCCAUCACCGUCCCCUUCAAGGCCUGGGGCAAGUUCGGGGGCGCCUUUUGCCGGUAUGCGGAUGAGAUGAAGGAGAUCCAGGAGCGGCAGCGGGAUAAGCUGUACGAGCGACGCGGCGGCGGCGGCAGCGGCGGCGGGGACGAGUCUGAGGGCGAGGAGGUGGAUGAGGAUUGAAACGCGCAGCUUCCCCUGCAGGCCUCCCCCCCACUGCCAUCCCCUCGUCGAAAGAGCUCUUUCCUGCUCCUCCCCAGUGAGCUGGUGGAGGGAGAGCCAGGGAGGCCCCACAGGGAGAAAACAAAAUUUAAAAUAAUGUAGUUACUUACAAGAACAGUCACGGACAAUUAGAAAAAAGCAGUCAAGUUCCAAGGAGCUGACAGCAACCUGCAAAGAAAACAACAGUGUCUCACCUGAGCAAAAUAGUCCCAGCUUCUGUGGUUUCCCAAACUGGGGUUCCUAAACCCAUCGGGAUAAUCCUGGUGGCAAUAGGUCCUCGAACGUCAAGGAACACUUCUGAGUUACCCAGCCCUCUUGGUAACAGCUGGGUUUGGGUUGUACUUGGGAACCUGGUCUAAAGAUAUCGCCAGACCUCGCUGUUGCCGUGUCUAAUCCUUCACCUCAUUGAAAUCAGCAUUUUGGAUCUAAGUCUUCAUGGAAUUCUUGAGAAGAGAGAGACCUUUGCAGUUACCCAGUUCUGAGGGUACAGGUUUCAUGAAAACGAAUAAUCAUGGACAGGGCAAACUAUGAAUUCAAGAAGUCACCAGGGAAUGCAGAAACAAAUUGGAUUCAUUUUGUUUAAAGAUGGUUUUGCACAAUACCUGGACCAAGACCCCAGUGUCUGCAGAAUUGUCUUUCGGGAUGCAAAUAGAUUCAGAUGUCAAUCCUUGAACUAGAAUUGGUUACUAAAAUAUUUUAAAAGUUGGCAAAAUUUUUUUGAAGAUGAAAGAGCAGUUUUAUGUUGGGGGUUGCUGAGAUAUAGGCACAAGGGAAAAUCAGGCGUAAAGCACAAGGAAAAAACUAUUUGAGUGGAUUGGUUGCUUGGUUGCUGCUCACUAAAGUUCUUCCCCUGAUCUCUUAAAAAUGGAGGUCAUUAACCAAGAAAUGGCUUAGGUAUGAAUGAAAGCCAGAUCCCUGUGGCUCCGCCAUGUGAGCCAAUGAAUUAAGGCUAAUUCGGCUGUUUCAGCCACUGUUUGGCUGGAUUUUAACCCAUAAAACUUGAAAAAGGAACAGUGUGGCUACAAGCCUGAGCUUUAAUGAAAUAUACGUCUCACAGAAAAGUUGGAAAUAACCAAAACUGAAGUCUUCCUCUACCUUCAGUUUAGUCUGUGGAUUUGUUCAAAUACUAAAGAUCCUCAGGUCCAGAAUUCCAGCAUCAUUUAUUCUUUUUAAAUAAAUUUUUUAAAACUUGAUCCAUUGUUAUCAGUACCUCACAAUCAAAGUUGGCAAAUGAUGGAUGUGUAUCAGGCAAGCACUGUGCCCUUUGGAAGUGGGAAUCCAUCCAGUGGAGCUUGAGUGAACGUGAAUGUGCUGACUAUAUCCUGGAAGCAUUUUUAUACCAUCUUGAAAUUCCAACAAAACUGGCUUUUGCCAGUUUAUCCAGCUGUCUUUCGAGAAUAAAGGUUGGGGUUUUUCAAGGAUCGCCUCUUCUAUAUUUUAAAUGGAUUUUCAGUAGAAAUGAUUUUUACUAAUCAAGUUAAUCCCACCCCAUCAAAAGGUAUUUGAGUGUCAUAGACCUAGGUAACUUUGAAUCGAAUGGGAGCUGUGUUCUUUCCAAAGUUUUUCAGGUAUGCUUUGUGGGACACCUUCUCAGCCAGAGGCAAGUAACCCCAUGUCCACACUUAAGUGUUUUUUUGUUUUUUUUUUAACUGCAUGACUGCCCUUUAUUUGAGCUGCCUUUUAAUUUAUUGCAUACCCUUUUUAUUAUUUUGGUAUAAUUCAAUGUAUACAGUCUUUUUGUAUUUAUUAGGAAAUAAGUGAUAUACAAAAAGGUCAUUUUCAUGCAUUGUGGCUGAGAGGGAGGGAAAUAAUCAUGUAUAUAUAAUUAGGCUUUUUAAAAAAUUAGACUGUGAUUAAGAAUAUUAUUAAUCUUUGAUUUUUAAAAGUAGAAGAGCCACAAACAUUGGUGCCCUUUUCAGACAAUUUCUCUACUCUCAUCAUCCACAGUAGACUUUUUAAACAGACUUUUUUAAAGCUUUUUUUUUUUUUCUCCGUUGCAAAGAAUGUUUCCUAAAUUCAAUGGGAGCAAUAGUAUUUUUGAUGUUUUAAUGACAUCCGUAUACUUGUACUGUAUUUUGUACUACAAGGCAGCUGUUUUCAAUGAUGUCCUGCUGUAUUUACCUAUGUGUUUUGAGUGUUUUAUUUCUUUGCUGCGGAGAACAAAUCCCUAAAUAGUUUCAGUAAAGGAGCUGAGAAACUAGCAUUAGGUCUGCAGAAACUGUUUAAGUUUCAGACUUUGAGGCAGCAAUGAAAAUUCAGUUUGCAGCUAUUAGUUGAUUGCUGUAACUUUUUCAUUUUGAAAUCAUGUACAAUUCCUGUAUAGACCAACUUGUCUUCUUGCUUCAGUGGUGGUUCUGUUGCUCAGCUGCAGUGAGCCAGUUCAAUUUUGCAAAGGUGCGGUACCUCUCCUUUUUAAGGGGUAGGUUUAUUCUUUUUUCUGUUCUUUUUGUUUGGCUGAAUUGCAGUAACUAGCCUUGCCUUUCUAUUCUGUAGAAAUGACAGGGUCUUCACAAUCCUCACCAGUGGCUACUAAGCUAUAAUUAGCUGAAUAGAAAGAAUGUGGAAAUGGUCUGAGGCAUAUAGAGUAUAUGCCAAGAACACUACCAUAUAUGGAAUCAGCUUUGGUUACCAGAGAAAUUUUCUUAGUCAUUAGACCAUAUAACAGUAAUAUAUCAUAUGUAAAUCUUUAGAUAUCAAUUUGAGAAUCCUCCAAAAAAAGGAGCAAAGAAUGCAUAAGCUAUGUGUUGGAAAAGUAAUUUAUAUUAAAAUUUUGACCUGCCUAUGUAAGGUUAAGUGGUAAAUGUCAUAGUGGUGGGUUUUAAGUCUUAACCAAUCUUAAAGGUUUGUUUCUCCUGCAGGGUGGUUGAUGGCCUCUCUUCCCACUGCAGGAAGGUUACAGAAGGAUGUGGAUUGAUUGUAGCAUUUCACUGAUCCUCCUUCCAGUCACUAGGGACAAUAGAAACUAUGCUUAUAAUGUGUGGUUUGUUAAAUAAGGCAGUAUUAACGGGCUAACUUUCAGAACUUGGUAAUAGGUAUUGCUUAUUAAAGGAAAUAAUCUUUGUUAGAUUUAGGCAGAAAACGUUUUGUGUUCAACUGCUAUGAACAGUGAUUUAGGGCUUGUUUUUUACUUUGUCAAACAUCCCAGCUAAUGACAUGUUCAAAAUCGUCAUAUUCCUGAGAAGUAGGAAAGUAAAAUUUUGUUUCCAGUGAUUGAUAAAAUGUUUGUUUCUCGAACUACUGCAGUUAAAGAAGUGAGAAGUCCACAAAUUUAGGAACAGAAUUGAAAGAGCAAAAAAUUGACAAUGGCCCACGAUUCCCCUCUGGUUUCUAUUGUCCCUACCUGUCAUUCAUGAAGAACUGUAGUUCUUGUCUGCAGAGGAAGUUGUCAGUGUAUGUGCUGCACAGAACAACGUGUAAAUCUGGAUGGCACCAAAUAUCAAAGCGAAAACCAAACCAAAACCCAGACACCCUAUGUUACUAUGGGAGGCAUGUAGGUGGUACAAAUGACUGUGGCUGUGAUACAGAUACGGCUGCUUGUCAAGUCACUUUCCAUAAUAUUUACUGCAAAAUGAUUGAGAGGCCUUUGGUGCAGGCGGCCAUUAACCUGCUUCCUUUGUUACCUCUCAGUCACUUUGCAAUAAAUUGCAGGUCUUUCAAGAGAUUCACGCUUCAAUUUUCUCAAAACAAAACAAUUAUCCUGUCUUAAUCUGAAAAUGCAGGGUUGUGGGCAGAAGAGGCUGGUUAUAAUAAUGCCCUCAUAUUGAGUGGUCUGUAAACGGCUGCACACUUCAGGCACUCUAGUUGCUGAGGAUGCUUUGUUAAAUGUGACCUUGACUGGCUUUACAGGGGGUAGAGUGAUCUACACAAGGUAUUAAAAGGUGACAAUUCGCUUGUGUCUACCUUACCUUGAGGUAGAUGAAAUUAAGGAGAAGCUUGAGUGUGUAAGCUAUGCACAUAAGUAUUCUUCACUGUAAAUUUUGUUUUCAUUUUAACCCAAUUAUGGUACUUUGUCCAAUGCACAACUGAUCUCUCAGUAGAUAUUCAUUUGAAAAUAGUGUGGCCUUGAUUGGUGAGAAGGGGAAGGAGAGAAGUGACUUGCUUAUGUAAAAAUGACUCAUUUGCCAGGAGUCAUUCUGCAGCACUCUUAGUACCUAAUGUGUUUGUGAUUGGUCUCAUUUUUGAUUGGGGAAAUUUAGUGGUUUUGACCCCAGAGUUAUUAAUCCAAUUGAGUUGUCUUCUAUUUUUAGGAAGUAUCAGAAUUGUUCUGAUAAGUACAAAGUUGACUGCUUUGAUGUCCAAUCUCAGGUUUUAGAAUAUAUAUAGUGGUGUGAAAUCCCACUGUUAACUCUUAAAAAAUAAUUUUAAUUUAGCACACCCUUAGAAAUCACAUGCUUAGGCCUGUUCAGAGAGCAGGGCCUCCCAUCUUUUUGCUCCUUUUCCAUUUUGCACUCACUUGAGGAAGUGGGGAGUGAUACAUUGUAUAUUGCCAUUUUUUUUAACCCUGCCAUUUUUCUCAAGAUAAAGCACUUUUUGAUCAUGAAAUACAUGGAAUCUUUGUGUGAUGUGGAUCAUGGUUUCUCAGGCUCCCCUAGAUAAUCUGCUUAUGAAUAUUAUUCUGACUCUAUGAAGAGUAGAAACCUUUGCUAAUGUUAGAAAGUUUGUAUUAUUGAUCUAGAAUGCAUUUUGCUAGCUUACAAUGGAUGGGACAGUGAACAAUGCUGCAUUCACAGUUUAUAAGUUACUUUCCCUUGAGCCUUAAGGUAACUUUUUUUGUCAACAACAGCACUGAGUUAUUGUAAAUGAAUGAGAUUCAGUUUUCAGGGUUAGUUUUAGAGUACUGUAAAUCAAUUAGAUGUCUUCCUAAACAGUUACUAUUCCCAUUGAAUAAACUGAAU